CAGAGCACCGCUUCCGCCUUUCCCCUCCACCAGCUCACCGCAGUGAACGCCUCCGUCGCCCCUUCUGCCAACGCCGUGCGCCGUCCCCCAUGUGGUCUCCACCGCCCCCGCUCGCCCGCCUCCCCCCGUUAUCGCGCCGGGCCCCAAAUGGCGCACGGCCGGAUCCUCCUUUACCGGCGAAUCGGAGGGGACCAAGCUCUGGAUCCAGCGUUGUCAGCCGAUGGAGCUCACGGCGUCCACAUCUCCACCGGCGGCCGGAGGAGACGGGUCCGCAAGGACGGACGGGUUCUUGUCUUCCCAAGGAUCUGGUUCUGCAGCGGCAUGCAGAAGCAAACGACUACUAGUUUAUCUUCUCGCUGAGCUUUAGUACUUUGCUUGGCAGGUAAUCUAGCGAUUAAUCAACUAAUCACCGGCAAAGCAAAGAGGAAAAGCUUACAAGAGGCUAAUGGGCUCGGCAAGAAGGAUGAUUCUUCAGCAGUCUCUGAUAUAAUGGUCCCGGGGCUCAAGUAAUCAGUUUGCUCAUCAACCACAAUACCCAAAUCAACUGGUGCUGCAUCUUUGUCUGAUGGAUACUUAGCGAGCUAAUUAGUUAGGAUCGGGAGUCCUCCUGCUCUUCUGAAAUAAACCUCCGUCGUGUCUUCUGCCAUUGAGUGGCCACUGAUGGCUGGAGUGGUGCGCCUAUGGAACGAUUGGGAGGUCCAAAUCCUAGUGCUUGUUAGCUUCAUGCUGCAAGUGUUCCUGCUCAUGUUCGCCAGGAUGCGGCGGCGGAACAUCUCCAUCGUCCCAAGGACCCUCCUCUGGCUAGCAUACCUACUGGCUGACUCCAUAGCGAUAUACAUCCUCGGCCACAUGUCUUUCUAUGGCAAGUCUCACGGGCACCAACAGCUCAUGGCUUUCUGGGCGCCAUUCUUGCUAGUGCAUCUCGGUGGCCAGGACAACAUCACCGCCUACUCCAUGGAAGACAGCAAGCUCUGGCCGCGCCACCUGCUCUCUUUUGUCGUGCAGACAGUGGGAGUGGCUUAUGUCCUCUACAAGUAUGUUGCUGGCAGCUGGACCUUGGUCACAGCCUCAGCAUUGAUAUUUGUCAGCGGUAUUCUCAAGUAUGGGGAGAGAGUAUGGGCGCUCAAGUUGUCCAGCCUGGAGAACAUGAGUAAGUUCCUUGACGGCGAGAAGUUGAGUGAGGCUAAAAGAGAUCGGCAUGCACUGGUUGGCGAAUGGAACAUAUCUGUGCAGUGGGGCCGGGGGGAGAACUUGGAGCCUGAAGAGGUUCUGCAGGGAGCUCAUGACCUGCUUCCCAUUUGCAUGGCUCAGUUUGUGGACUAUAAGUUCUGGCCAUCUGCAUCCCAGAGUAAAGCCAUAAAGCUAUUCGAUAACAAGGGCCAAAUGUUUGAGUUGGUUGAGAUGCAGCUCUCCUUGAUGUAUGAUUUCCUAUAUACCAAGGCAGCGGUGGUCUUCACAUGGUAUGGAUGCCUCAUCCGUGCCAUUUCAGCAGUUGCCAGCAUCACCACUUUCUUCUUAUUUCAAGCAAGCGUUCGCAAAAAUGACUUCAACAGAGUUGAUGCCAUUGUCACAUACAUCUUGAUAGCUGGGGCUGUCCUCCUAGAGAUGGCAACAUUGUUGAAGGCAAUGGGAUCAACAUGGACAUGUGCAUUGUUGCAUGCUAGAAGAUGGCAUCGGCUUCACAGCAUAGUCAUAGCUGUUCGGCGGCAUGUCAGGGCUGCGGAAAGAAAUAGAAGAUGGUCAGGUUCCAUUGGACACCCCAUGUUGCUGAACUCGUCCCAUCGCAGUGGAGGCUGGGUGCAGAGCUUGGGAUGCAAAGAUUUGUGGAAGAAGCUGCACCACUCCCUACCUAUCAUUUCAGAUGGUACUAAGAAGUUGGUGUUGCAGGAGGUACGAAGAAUGGUGGGGAAAUGUGAAGGCAGAGAGGAUAUCAUGAGGAGUUAUAGUGGUCAGUGCGCACUGAAUACAUGGAGCGGAUUCUUCAAGGAUCCCACCUCACACGCGGGCAUCGAUUUUGAUGAUAAAAUCCUUUCCUGGUACUUUGCGACCAAAAUAUUCUUCGGAUGGUCUUCUUGUGUGGAAGAGCAGGGUUAUGUUGAGGCAAUCACAGCAGUGUCAAAUUACAUGAUAUUUCUCCUUGUUGAACAUCCUUACAUGCUGCCUAGCCCUGUUUGCCCCGGAUUGUAUGCCAGUACUGAAGUAGCAUAUGUGGGGCUUGAUUUUUCUGAUAGGGAACGCAUCUGCAAAAAGUUGGGGCUGGGCAAAAGAAAAAUAAUGUGGAAUCUGGACACAAGAACGGACGGGGAAAAGCUGCAUAGAGUAAGGAGGAGGCUGGACAUAAUAAUGGAGGAUCUGAUCGUAAUAAGGAAGGGUCUGGACAGGGAGGAGGAUGAUCUGGGCAGAAGGUGGGAUUUGGACAAGAGUCUGGAGCUGAAGAUAAUGAGGAAGGAGUUGGACAAAAGAGGGCAGGAGCUUGACGAUUUAAUGUUACAGGUGGGUGGUAGAAGGGAGAAGCUAGAGGAGCCGGACAGAAGGUCUGAAGUUGAUGGAAGAAGGGAGGAGAAUCUGGACCUGGACCCAGAGGAGUGGAACAAAAUAAUGGAAAAACUGGAGGAGCUAGAGACAAGAAACAAGGAGCUGCAUUUCGGACCUUCACCUCCACCACCUUCCUUAGUCCGUGGAACUAAACUUGCUGUUUGGCUGCUAGAGGCGGAGGUGCGGGGCGAGGCAGAGGUGCGGCAGGUGCUACUUGGGGUGUGGGUGGAGAUGCUGUGCUAUGCGGCCCACCACUGCAGUAGGGAUUCCCACGCCAGGCAGCUCAACAGUGGCGGCGAGUUCAUUACCGUCGUCUGGCUUCUGUCCACUGCCAUGUUCAAUCUCCGGUACUGCAACGACACCUGGUUUAAGAGGGGCGUGCGGGAGUUCUCGAGGCAACCAUUCCAUCCUAAGGAGGAGGAGAAGAAGGGUUGGUUCCAUACCUCCACCUUCCUUAUUCCGUGGAGCGGCGCUUGCUGUUUGGCUGCUAGAGGCGGAGGCGCAGGGCGAGGCAGAGGUGCGGCAGGUGCUACUUGGGGUGUGGGUGGAGAUGCUGUGCUAUGCGGCCCACCACUGCAGUAGGGAUUCCCACGCCAGGCAGCUCAACAGUGGCGGCGAGUUCAUUACCGUCGUCUGGCUUCUGUCCACUGCCAUGUUCAAUCUCCGGUACUGCAACGACACCUGGUUUAAGAGGGGCGUGCGGGAGUUCUCGAGGCAACCAUUCCAUCCUAAGGAGGAGGAGAAGAAGGGUUGGUUCCAUACCUCCACCUUCCUUAUUCCGUGGAGCGGCGCUUGCUGUUUGGCUGCUAGAGGCGGAGGCGCAGGGCGAGGCAGAGGUGCGGCAGGUGCUACUUGGGGUGUGGGUGGAGAUGCUGUGCUAUGCGGCCCACCACUGCAAUAGGGAUUCCCAUGCCAGGCAGCUCAACAGCGGCGGGGAAUUCAUUACCAUCGUCUGGCUUCUGUCCACUGCCAUGUUCAACCGCCGCUACUGUGACGAAGAUUGGUUUAAGACAGGCGUGCGGAGGUUCUUCUGGCGACCAUUCCAUCUCGAGGAGGAUGACAUCGCCAGUUGGUUCCGGAGGAGGAGGAGGAGGAGGACAUGGACAGAAUGGUUGCACUUGAGGAGGACAUGAGGAGGACAAAUGAUUCCACUAUACUUUAUUGGUGCGGUAUCCCCACCAGCCGCCAGUGGGACAGAUUGGAGUAUUGUUUAGUGAUUUUAUACGCAAAGGAGGAGCAAAUUUAGUGUACAUACUCUAAAAUAUGUCUACAUACAUCCAUAUGUAGUCUAUAUUAAACUCUCUAAAAAUACAUAUAUUUAGGAACGGAGGGAGUAUAUCUGAGGCUACUGCAAUGAUAAAAAUGUGAAAAUUUGUUAUUCCCAAAUGAAUGAAUGAAUGAAUUUUUUCAUAUUUGUCCCUGGUUUCCUAUUAGCUUAUCACAGAGGUACUAGCCAAUCCGAAUAUUCAAAAUUUUACCAGUCAGUUGGUUAAAACCAAACUGAGGCCUCUCCUAUUUUGCUUAAAAUUUUAGUUCGACUGGUUGGGCUAGUUGCUCUGGUCAUGGCAAAACUGAAGCCUGGCAGCGUCGCUAGAACCGUUGGCAAAUGCAGUAAUGCAUGCUGACAUAUGAGAGAUUUGUUGUUGGUCGAAAAUGCACAGAGGGAAAGAAGGCCCUGAAAGAUCACCUUCUGUAUGCAAAGUCAACAGCUCAUAUAAAGGUAAAGUUUGUAUUUCAGAUGUCAUUUGAACUUUCUUAUCAUUCCUUGACUAGUAUAGUAAAUGUUCUAGUUUACGACUCCACUUAUUGUUGCCAUGGUAUCUGAACUUCGGUAAUACACUUG